AUGGGUUUUUCUACCUCACAAGGUGUAGCAUCAGCAGAAAAAGAAGGCAAUAGAACUCAAAAGUUUAUCGAAAGAAUAAACAAGAUACACACUUUGGUAGAAGCUCAGUUGCAGAAGUCACAAGCUAAAUACAAGGCUAAACAUGAUAAACAUCGUGUUCCUUGUAAUUUUUCUACAAGAGAUUUAGUUUGGUUACGUAUAGGGAAGGAACGGCUUAAAGGUGAAGGAAAGAAGCUGAAACCCAUACGAUACGGACCCUUCAAGAUACUGAAGCAAUUUGGAGAUAAUGCUUUUCAGCUAGAUUUACCACCUUGCAUGCAGAUAUAUUUUGUUAUCAAUGCAGAGUACUUGAAACUAUUGGAACCCCCAUUACUUAAUGAAGAAGAAGAUGAUCAAGAGUUAAAGUUGCCACCAGUGGAAGAUUUAUGGAUGGAUCGAGAAGAAAUUCUCAAACAAGAUUGUAUUGUUGAGACAAAAAUAACACCUACCAGGAGAGGUAAUCGUGUUAUGUUUCGUGUGGGACGAAAAGGACAAGUACCAAGCAAAGCUAAGUGGUUCAACAAGGAACAAGGAGAGACUGAAUUCCCUCAUAUUCAGUUCAAAGCUUACAGGAGUUCCAUCUUCCUAAAAAUGGGGAGCCAUGAUACAUGA